CUGUGGGGAGAGGAUUCCGGCCCUGUUUGUCUGUGGAAGAUGGGAAUUGACUGGCCCUGGCUCUCCUGCCACGUGUCACCAUGGCAGUGUCUCUUGGCCCUUCAUCAGACUUGAGGGCACAACACAAACUCAUGCGAGAGAACCAGGAGCUUCAGCGGCAGCUGGCCCAGAGCAAGCAGGACUUCCGAGACCUCAGGGAGAAAUUCCUUGUAUCCGAAGCUACUGCCUACUCCCUGGCCAACCAGCUGCAGAAAUACCAGUGUGAAGGGCACAGAGACAUCAUUGAAUCCGUGCUGGGGGAGAAGCUAGAGUUUAAGGUGGUGAAGCUGGCAGAGAGGCUGGCAGAGGAUCCAGCGCUGGCCAAGAGGUUCCGGGAAUUGGAUGUCCUGAUUCACGCUCAGGCAAGAGAGCUGACCCAGUUACGGCAGAAGGUGAAGGAAGGGAGGGAUGACUGUGUCCUGCUCGUUCAGCACCUCACCGACCUCCUCACCCACAAAGACCUUGACAAGGACCAGGGGCAGGAAUUGCGAGAGCAGCUGACUGAGGGACACAGGCUGGCAGAGCACCUCGCCCGCAAGUUCAGCCCAGAGAGUGAUGAAGACGAGAAGGAGGACGACGACGAAGCAGCAGCACUCACCCCCAGCGUGGAAGUGCAGGAGGUUGCAAAGGAGGAGGUGCUACAGGAAUCCCAGGAUGAAUGCAUUUCGACCCCUUCAGUGGUCCAGGAAAGGUCUGACUGCACCCAGCCUUCGGGUGAUGGCACAUGUGCAUCUGAUGAGCCAAAAGUUGGCCCUGCUGCAGAUGGAGCCUGUGCUGGCUCCCACGCCAAAGAGGAUGACGUUCCAACCCCUCACCCAGCAGAAAAUCAGAAUGGUCAUGAGGAAGUGGAUGGACAAGAGCCACUGCCCCCCAGCGCGGAGUUGCAGGAGGUUGCAAAGGAGGAAGUGCUCCAGGCGUUCCCAGAUGAAGCUGUUUUGGCUCCUUGCAUUCAGCAGGAAGGUUCUGACUGCUACCCGCCUUGCAGUGAUGGAAAACUGGCAUUUGAUGAACAGAAAAAGGGGUCUGCUCUGGAUGGAGCCUGUGGUUGCUCUCCUGCUGCAGAGGGUGAAAUUCCAGCUGGUCCCCCAGAAAACCCACAUGAUCGUAAUGGGGUGAAAGAACCAGAGCCACCUGUCCCCAGGCCUCCGUCCCCCACCAGGCUCCGCGGGGAGCUGCCGCCGAUGGCAGAGUGUGGUGUCCCACUGAACUCACUGGAUGGAAGCGCUUGGUCUUGCCCAGGUCUUCCCGACCUGUCGGACUCCUUCUGGCCUUACAGGAGUGCUGCCACCCUCUCAUUUGAGAACAUGGAUGUCCCUGAUGCUCACGAUGCAACCAGUGACACCUGGGGGGAUUGUCACAAAGUGCCUUUGAGUUUUGGAAGGCCAGAGAUGCAAAGUUCACAAGCUCAGCUGCAGACAAGCACCCAGGUGGCCAAUGAUCUGCAGCUGCCCCUCAGCCAGCAUUUAGAUCGUGGUGAUGGCAAAGCCAGGCUCCGCCUUUCCUCCAACAUCCAGGGCUUUACUGCCAACACUGAUACUGGGAACCAAGGGCCACUCUUCCGAGAGCUGGGUCUGGAUGCUUCCAUCGGAAUGAAGACCCCUCCCAAGCUGGAGGGUGAGGGCUCAGCUGCCAGCAGGCAGGAGUGUCACGUGUGUCACCGCCUUCAUGCCUUAAGUUUCCUGAAAGAGAAGAUUAUCCAAAGAAAACUGCAGUUCAGCAAGUGGAGACUGGCCUGCAGAUUCCCUGGCCUCCUUGCUUAGGCUACCGAGGUAUCUGUUACUUCCAGAACGAAGAAGAGUUAUUGCCCAACCCC